AUGGCUCAGGGAUCUAGUCCGUCCCCAGUGGACAAAAAAGCAAUUGUUAUGGACGAGUUGGAAUGUGGUAGUCCGGACACAGAGACAGCUGGAUUUCAAGUGGAAAAUUUCAAAUAUCAAGUAUUCAGUGAAACCACUUCAUCCAUUCCCGUGACCAGUCCCGGGACUGGGACUUUUAUGCAUCGGUGGCGUUGGAAUCAGCCCCGUCUGAUUGUGCGUCGCCUGAUUAACAAUGUGAAAACAUUUCCUACCAAAUCAAGUAAUCAGUUAAAAUCCCUAAAACGUUUCAAUCCAUGGCAUUUGUGUUUGAUCGGGUUUGCAUUUGCUAUACUCCUACUCUUCCUUAUCCUGAUUUGUGUCCAGUGGGGUAAAUUGUAUCAUGAACAAUGGCUUCGACAGCAUCAGUGUUUGAACAGUAAAUGUUUGACUGCGGCCGCUCAGUUGCACAGUCGAUUAAAUCAAUCAAUCGAACCGUGUGAAAACUUUUAUCAGUACGCGUGUGGAUUACAAUUUCACCCGUUUCAUCUCCCAUUCGAACCGGAUAGUCCGAACGCACAGGAUUCACAAGCGUAUCGGCCCCAGUUGGACUCCACUGUGGUGAUGCAAUUGAACGAGGAACGAGGGAAAUCGUUGCUCCGCGUUCACAGACCAUCUAUUGAACAUUUAACUGAUUUGAAUAUUCACGCUCUGAUUACCGCAUUGAAAACAGUCUACUGGUCCAGCAAAUGGAAAUCAACUUCGGCCAAGUACAAAAUUUCCCGCUGGUUUCGAUCCUGUUCCUCGCGUACCAUACGUGAUUGGUUUGGUAAUGAGGCAUUUUUCCGCAGUGCCGUAACAGCCCUAGGCGGCAUGUGGUUGGUCGAUCGAACAGCAAGCAAUGAGACCGGGGUUGGUGAGAUGAACAGCACCCGAGAUUGGCCCUAUCUGAUGUUUACCAGUUCAGGAACAANGAAAAAAAUACCUGUGCUGCAAAACUGGUCCUGGUUUGAGGCGGCCAAUCGGUUGCACUCUGACUUCCACGUCCCGGUUGGAGUUGCUGUUGUUGCUAUUGUUAUUGGUGGUGGUAGUGGUGGUGGAGUUAGUAGUGGUUGUGGUAUUGGUAUUGGUGGUACUGGUGGUGAUCGUCGUGGUGGUGGUGGUGGAAGUGGUGGUAGUGGUAGUGGUGAUGGUGGUGUUGUCGGUAUUGGUCAUGGUGGCAUUAUUGGCAUCGUUGUUGUUGGUGGUGGUGGUGGUGGCAUUGGACGUUGUGGUCGUAGUUGUGGUGGUGGUGGUAGUAGUGGUCGCCGUGUUGGUGGAACUGAUCUGUCCCAAUCGGCCGACCCCGUGAAAGUCAAAACUCUUAGUAUCACCUAUUUCCGCUUGGAUCUGAUCAUCUCUUUGUCAAUGCAUGUACGGGUACACAACCGCGAAAAGCGACAAAAAUUGGCCUGGAAAGAGCAGGUUCUUCCAGAUCCGAACGCACGAAUCGGUGGCUUCUUUAGCAAGCAAAAGCGGAAAUACGUCACGCAAGUGAUGCAACUUGUCGGAAACGAGGCCGGGAUUCCGUACGGGGAUGUGGAAUUUGCGAAUAGAACAAAAAUCUUUGUAAACGAUGUGGUUCUUGUCAUGCGAGAAUUGAAUAAGAUAGACAAUUUUGUAUCCGCAAUACCGCCUCAUUCUGUCACAUUCCCUACCCAAUUCUUGACCAAAAGUAUCAUGAACAACUAUAUGGUUUGGAGUCUGGUUGAAUCCUAUGCGUGGCAUCUUUCGUACGACUUUGCCGCGCUGCAUCAACAACGUAAUGGCCAGUUGGAUUCGGACCUCGAAUUGGAUUGUUUCGUUUUUACGCAUGAGAUGUUCGGCCCGGUACUGGGUGCGAUCUACGCGUCAAAUCAUCUGAAUAAACAAGCUGCCAAUCAGGUGAGCAUCUGUGUGAUGUGGAUAAUGCUGUGUGACGAUUUCCGAUUGUUCUGGUCCACUAGCCUCUCCCCCAUUCCGAUUGCACCCACAUCUAAGCAUGAGAACAAUUCAAUCCUCAUUGGCGUUGGUGACUUAUUGAAAGGCAAGGGAAAUAUUCGACCACCCUCGGAAAGUUUCUUGGCCGCGGAAAAUUUGAGUUGA